ACCACCACCUGAUCCAGUGCAUCCUGGAGUACCAGAGCAAGGGCAAGACAGCCGAGUGCACGCAGUACCAGCAAAUCCUGCACCGGAACCUGGUAUACCUGGCCACGAUCGCAGACUCCAACCAGAACAUGCAGUCCCUGCUUCCCGCCGUGAGUACCCGCUGAGGGUGGCCCCUUUCCCCAGCAAGGGCUCCGACACUGCUCCCCGUGAGUACCCGCUGAGGGUGGCCCCUUCCCCAGCAAGGGCUCCGACACUGCUCCCCGUGAGUACCCGCUGAGGGUGGUCCCCUUACCCAGCAAGGACUCCGACACUGCCUAAAAUCGGGAGUUGUGGGCAUGUCACCUCAGGUAACAAAGAUGACUCAGAGAAACCAAAAAUACCACUAGAGUCACCAGAAAUGGGAGUGUGGGCGGUGCUGACCAACCCUUCCUGACAGACUUAGGGUAACGACAGCAUCUGAGGUGGCCGGGUUGGAACUGUGGUUCAGCCUCUUGAUGUAUUGAAGGGAGGGAAGCCCCGGAAGAACCACUGUAGGAACAGCCGCGGCUCUCGGGUCGGGGGUGGGGAGAGAUGGGGUGGGGGCCCUGCAUCUCCCUGGAACCUCUCCGGGUGCUUUGAGCAGUUGUGAACCAUGCACAUGCGCUGCUGUGGGUGAAAACAGAACUUAAAAGAAAACAUGCCCAGCACAGUAACUUCUCCCAAUGAUAGUUCAAAUAUUUUAUUUUGUUUGAUUUUUUAAAAUGCAUUUUUCCAAAAUUAAAUUGUCGCCGGGAGCGCCGUGUCUGCUAGUGACCCUUAGUCCUCGGCAAGUGAUGACGUAAAUGCCAGGAUGCGUUUCGUGAGUAAAAACGUUAAACCCACCUCCAUUGACCUGUCACAUUGCAGUUCUUCACCGUGCAGACACCCGCAGGUCCUGGUGGAAAUUUCCUUUUUUUGGCCAGCUGUAGACAGCGUGUGUGCGCACACCUCCAGAGCUGCUGUUCGACCUUGAUCUGGGAGAGUGCUGAGGGUCACUUCACACUCCCUUCUGUGUGGUGUGAUCCCAGCCGCCCACGCAGAACAUGAACCUGGGCCCUGGAGCCCUGACUCAGAGUGGCUCCAGCCAGGGCCUGCACUCCCAGGGCAGCCUGAGUGACGCCAUCAGCACAGGCCUGCCACCCUCCUCCCUCCUGCAGGGCCAGAUUGGCAACGGGCCGAGCCAUGUGUCCAUGCAGCAGACAGCACCUAACACGCUGCCCACCACCUCCAUGAGCAUCUCGGGGCCCGGCUACAGCCACGCGGGGCCCGCCUCACAGGGCGUCCCCAUGCAGGGGCAAGGCACCAUCGGCAACUACGUGUCUCGGACCAACAUCAACAUGCAGUCCAACCCAGUCUCCAUGAUGCAGCAGCAGGCGGCCACGUCGCACUACAGCUCGGCUCAGGGCGGCAGCCAGCACUACCAGGGCCAGUCGUCCAUCGCCAUGAUGGGGCAGGGCAGCCAGGGGAGCAGCAUGAUGGGGCAGCGGCCUAUGGCGCCCUACCGGCCCUCCCAGCAAGGAUCUUCCCAGCAGUACCUGGGCCAGGAGGAGUACUAUGGCGAGCAGUACAGCCACAGCCAGGGCGCCGGAGAGCCCAUGGGCCAGCAGUACUACCCCGACGGCCACGGCGAUUAUGCCUACCAGCAGUCAUCCUACACAGAGCAGAGCUACGACCGGUCAUUCGAGGAGUCCGCACAGCACUACUACGAGGGGGGAAACUCCCAGUACAGCCAGCAGCAGGCUGGGUACCAGCAGGGUGCCGCGCAGCAGCAGACCUACUCCCAGCAACAGUACCCCAGCCAGCAGAGCUACCCCGGGCAGCAGCAGGGCUACGGGCCAGUAUGGAAAUUACCAGCAGUAAGGGAUACACGUUCUGGCUGGAGCCCUUGUGGUGGCGUGUUCAUCCAGGGGCCGGAGGGGCUGGCGGCAGCUCUGCUGAAUUGUGACAUGUUGGUUACCCUUUCGCCCAGUGCCACGUCUGCAUGUGAAGCGUGCUCAUUUCAUGCUGGGUAUGACGCCGAGCGCGCACCCCUGGCGCAAGACAGCGCUUGGUGGUGUGAUACUUUUGGUGCUGUGUAUAGUAUUGUAUGUCGGUACAUGGAGAGGUAUCCUUUUUUUGUCCCUCUGCCCCCUUCUCAAUGUUUCUAGCUAGCUUUGGGGGUCAUUUUGUCAUCAGAGCAUUCUGUACCCAGGGACGGGACAGAUCUUGAGGACACCACAGUCCACCUGUUCCCGUCAACAGACCUUAGGUCUCAUUUCCCUCCUCAUACAGUGUUGUCGUGUGGGUUGUCAACUUUAACUGGCUACACCACAGCUGGACACACAUACAGCCCCUGGAGGGCAGCCUCUUCCUGUGCCUCGAUGGGGUGGGUGGGAGGGCAUCUUCUGUGUGUUGGGUCAGUUUCUGUCACAUAACGAAAAAGAUAAGCAUCUCCCACGGGGUAGGCCACAGAUGGCCACAUCUCCCACGGGAGAGGCCACAGAUGGCCACAUCUCCCACGGGAGAGGCCACAGAUGGCCACAUCUCCCACGGGAGCGGUCACAGAUGGCCACUUCUUCCACGGGAGAGGUCACAGAUGGCCACGUCUUCCACGGGAGAGGCCACAGAUGGCCACGUCUUCCACGGGAGAGGCCACAGAUGGCCACGUCUUCCACGGGAGAGGCCAUAGAUGGCCACGUCUUCCACGGGAGAGGCCACAGAUGGCCACUUCCAGAGCUUGCUCAUUGCCUGUCUCUCGCCAAUUCUGUUUAUCCAAAAAGGUACAUAUUUUUGAAUUAAAAAGUAAACAGGGAUCAAUGACUGUAUUCCAAACAAAUAUGGAUCCCUAAGGGCCGUGGACAAAUUGCCUAACCCCGGGCCAGCGGUAUUGCUGAAGGAAAGAGAGGCAGCUCUCUGGGAAGUGGGCCCUCAGAGAUUACUCUGGCUUUGACCCUUGUUCAGCUGAUGGUCAUUUCUGGGAUUGGAAUAGUUAAUAUGCCCAAUUCUAAGUUGAUAGGUAAUAUAAAAUAUUCAAAUCAAAUUUUCCAAACAGUUGGCAAGUUGUUUAUUUUAUAUUAUUUCUUCCAGGACCUACUUGCUCAGAUCUCCAAGCAAGCAUUUCUUUUCUUUUAGGGAUGUCUGAAAGUCACAUCCACUAACAUUAGUGUGUUCUUUCUAAUGAAAAGUAAAGGUUUUAUAUAGAGAAA